CGACAAGCUACCUCUUUUUUUCCUUUUUUACCAACAACAGCUUCCCCCUCCCUUUCUCGAUCUGCCAUCAACCUUCGUCUCAAGCUACUCUUUCAACCGACCUCGAGUCUUUUCCUUCCUUCUGAACACUUUUGUGCAUCCCGCCCUUGUGGCCUCUCCACGCACUGGACUACUUCCUCACCAUGGAUGAUUCCGUUGUAUUAAAUUUCUACCACAUAAGCGGAUGGCCUGUGUACUAUCGUGCAUCGGUCGGCUCAGCCAUCAAAUACCUUGAGGUUCUCGAUAGCAAACCCCCCGGGUCUAGGUACAGCGAUUUUCGACAAGUGCCGCUCGGCCAACUUCCGGCUGGCCGCUGGAACGUUGCACAGCUUGUCCACGAUGGCAAAGACGACAAGCUUACCGUCAAGUCGGUAGAGCAAAGGACCCUGUCCGAUGUCAUGGAUGCCUGGUCUGGAGUUAAGGUUGACCAUAAAAGCUUGGGCGACCAUUUGUUAGCGACAGCGGACGAGGCCCUUCAGCCGAAUCACUACAUUGAAUUUUCGCGUUUAUCUGAAGCUCCAGCAGAGGUAGCAGUGCCAAAGGUGAUAGCACUCAUGGACCCGUGGUAUCACGGACGUUCAGUUCUGGCAAACGAUAGCAAAAUUCGUCGGUUGAUACGAGAUGCGGGAAUAUCAACAAGAGUCCUGGGACACCUGACCGAGAACGAUAGUCGCGUGAUCGGUUUUAUGCUGGAGUCCGUUGCGGCUCGGCAAGCUGGAAUUGAGCAUCUUGAGGCUUGCCGGGCAGCACUUCGAAAGCUGCACGAGCUAGGCAUUGCACAUGGCACCCUUAGGCGCUCGUCUUUUCUGAUCUUGGAGGAUGGAGGCGGUGCGUUGCUGCAAGGAUUCUGGACCUCGUUCCAAACUUCGGACCAGGAGCUCUUGGCCGGAGAGAUGGCCGGAGUGGAGGGGUUACUUCAACAACCAUUGGAUGAAGGACAUCGGCCACCCGCCUCAAUUACAGGCGUUGAAUCUUGAUAUAUUUUAGUAGUUUCUUGGGGUCCUCAUUCGUGGUCCAUUGCCGACUUCGAGCCUUCUUUACCUCAGUGUAGCGGGGCUCCCGUGUAUGUUCAACACUCCACGGGAAGUGGCUGAAUCUAAAGCUAGCAUCUCAGAAGUCAGUUCGCAACAUGUUGGUGGUCGCUCACUAAUAGAUAAAUCCUCUGUCUCCGUCUCUGCUGUCCAUGCAAACUCCCCUUUCCAGCAGCAGGCUAACUUUGUAAACUAGUUGGAGAACCGUGACUAUUGCCGAGCUAACGUGACGUUUUUGCAUGCGAGAAAAGUAAAGGGCCGUAUACGGUCGCUUCGCUACCUUAUACUGUUAAUUGGU